GUGCUCAGCCAAGCGACUUUCGUUCAUUCAACGCGUCGAAAACACAGCCGGUCUGAGUUUAUUCCACUUUCACAGAAACAGCGCGCUUACAGCUGCAGAAUCCGGAUUUAAUCUGAUUUAAACCGGUUUAUAUGAAGAGUAAUCGGACCUGUGGAGGAUCAGAAGCUGAGAUCUGACUUUCUGCUCUGAAGUUCCUCUUCCUCCAUCAGACUUCAGGCUCUGGGUGUUCCUCCCCAAAACACCAUGUCCGUCCCAUUUGCAGGAGUAGAGGGUCGGGAUCAGCACUCCCGUGUACACACCCGACCCAACCCUGGCUUUCUGGAGCGUCUGGGGGAAACCAUGGGGGGGAUGCUGGUGGGAGUCUGCCUGUUCAUCUUCUCCUUCUACGUGCUGUUUACUAAUGAGGGCCGGGCCAUUCGUACAGCUACUUCUCUUGACGAGGGUCUCUCUCAGGUCCUCUCUCUGCACCCUGACAUGUACUUGGACCCCCAAAACAAUAAUCGGCUUGUUCACCUGUCCAGCCCACUGCGCACCUCUCAGCCUCUCUAUGAGCCGAACUAUAAGGUGGCGGUUCAGGCGGUGAAGCUGAAGAGGAAUGUGGAGAUGUAUCAGUGGGUGGAGUAUCAGGAGUCACGGGAUUAUAAGGAAAACGGCGAAACCAAAACAGAGACGACGUACACGUACAAUACUGAGUGGAAAUCUGAGCUCAUCAGCAGCCGACACUUCGAUCAAGAAAUCGGCCACAUCAACCCCAGUGCGAUGGCGGUGGAGAGUGUGACUGUUGUAGCUCCUGAGGUUUGGGUUGGACGUUUUUCCCUCUCCAAAGGGCUAAUUGAUCAGGUUAAUAAUUUCCAGACACUGCAGCUGGGGGGUCUUCCAGCUACAGACCCUUUCCUCACCGUCUACGAAGAUCACUUCUACCACACAGCCAAUCCACGGAGACCUGAGGUUGGAGAUGUGCGUGUGAGCUUCUCGUACGCUGGGCUCAGUGGUGAAGGCUCCUGGCCUGGACCGGCUCAGACUGUCAGUGUGGUGGCCAUGCAGAAGGGAGACGGACUGACGGCCUUCAGAACUCGAGCUGGAGACACGCUGGAGAUCCUCUACAUGGAGGAGCUCACUGCUGAGGAGGUGUUUGCUAAAGAGCAUCAGAUGAAUGUAAUGAAGACGUGGGCUCUGAGGGCUGGCGGAUGGUUCCUCAUGUUCCUUGGCAUCAGCCUGACCACACGCAUCAUCUACACACUUGUGGACUGGGUGCCGGUGCUGAGGGAACUGGUGUCAGUGGGGUUGAAGGUCUUCGCUCUGUGUGUGUCCUGCUCUCUGUCCCUCCUCACCAUCGCUGUGGGCUGGCUGUUUUACCGCCCCCUGCUGGCCGGGCUGAUAUCAGCACUCGCCCUCGUCCCGAUCCUCAUAGCGCGCUCGCGAGCAGCCAACAAAAAGUACCAGUGACUCUUAAAGAGGUGUGGGGUGUUCCCAUGAACCCUUAGCUGGAUCAUUUAAGCUUUAAGUUAAAGGAGAAUUUCGGUGUAAAAUGGACUUUUGUUGUAGUAAAACAUGAUAAAGAGCUCACCUCCGCUCUCCCACAGCGUUUAUCCAGAGAUCAGUUUAUCCAAACACCCUUCAGACUGGGCGACACGGGGCAUAACUUUUUUCACCGUUAUCCAGCUCAAAGUAGCUCCACACAUCCUUGCUAGAAUCUGAGGAGCCCUGACAUUUAAAACGAGGCAUUAAUAACUUAAAAAGUCCACAAAAAGAAGCUUAUUAAAAAACACUUUUUACAUCCCAUAACAUUACUAGCUUCAGCUCCGAGCGCCGCCAUCACUGUACUGAUAAUAACAGACAUAGACAUAUGUAUACAUAGACUCCACAUAGCCUGCCUCCUGGUGCCAGAUGCUACAUUAUCAUUAUCAGAGCUACAUAGAAGUGCUAUAGGAUGUAAACAGUGGGUUUUAAUAAGCUUCUUCUGCACUUUUUUUAAGCUAUUAAUGCCUCGUUUUAAAUGUCAGGGAUCUUCGGAUUCUACCAAAAAGGUUUCCACUUCAGCACUGUGCUGGAAUGCAUACAUAUAUUUUUGCAUAUAUAUAUAUAUAUAUAUACACACAGUACUAGUCAAAAAUUUGGACAAUCUUUAAGUUAAAAUGUUUUGUCGAUGUAUUUUAGAAUAAUACUAAAUUCAUUCAAAUUAUGAAAAUAAGAAAAUGCUCCUCUUGCUUAGAUUUGGAAUUUAUGCAUUUUCGUGUAAUAAAUUUUGCGAUCAGGGGUGAACGGAGGUGGGUUAUUAUUAGUCCAUUGCACUCCAGAUUUCUCCUUCAAAUCUACUUGGAAUAGAUUGCAUUGGAUGUGUCCACGCAGUAAUGGGAGCCCAAAUGUGUGUUUUUUUUUGAGGUACUAUGCAAAUUAUCUUUUUUUUUUUUUUUUAGCAACUUGAUCAGAAGUGCACUUGCAAUGCAAACAUGUGUGUUAUGUUUUUUUUUUUUUUUGCUCAUGCAGCAGAGCGUGAUGCUUGUUGCGUGGGCAGGGUGGAUGUUAUUUCCGUUCAUAAUCAUGGUCGGGCAGCUGUGGAGACGUGCGUGUGUGUGUGUUUACUUUUACUGAAUGUUUUGACUCUUUGUAUUGGAUAUAUGUCUAUAUGUAAUAUUCAGUGGGUGUGGUUUGGGUAGUUGUGGAAGGGGAAUUCCGCUGGUUUUGCAAAAAUAAAUCAGCAUAAUUCAGUUUUAAUCAUUGGAGAUGAACACAGUCCUCAGUAUUUAUCACUACAGCACAGUUACAGCUAUAUAAUAUUGAUGGCAAAUCUGAAUUCAUGUGUUUUUUAUCAGCCUGUAUUAGGCUGUGUAUUCAUAACCAUUAAAAAAAAACACUGAAUUACUUAAAUAGGCAGAAUAUUUGAAAAAUGAGUUGAAUUCCUUUUCAAAGUGUACUGUAGUGUCCAAUACGAGACAUGUUACUUAAAACACAAACAGGAUUUCUGUUACCACUGUUUUUGGGGUCAAUUGAAGUGUGAAAUAUCAAAUUCUCAGCAUUGUAUUGUUUUUUUCUUCCCAAAUAAAUAAAAGCCAAAGAAUUUCUUAA